GGUCGGUCGGUAGGUGCGAUUCUUCAACUCUCAAGUCUUGUCUUUUACUGAAGAAGAAAGAAGAAAGAAGAAAGAAGAAAGAAGAAAGAAAGGGAGGGUUUUAAAAUGGGAUGGAGUCCCUUUUCCCGUAGCUCUACUACCUAUUACACUUUUCCCUCCAUGGGGGGUUCCAUUUCAUUUACAGCUCUGCCUGCCAAUUUGGCCUGAAUUCAUCUGAUGGGUUGGUUGAUGUCCCUGAACUCAGAGGUGGAGUCCCAGCAAGCACCUCGUUAACCAUUCCACAUUUCAUUCCACCACCCAAACUCUUAUAUCAUAUAUAUGCAGUCAGUCCAGUCAUCAUGUGGAGAAACUUCGCCAAACUAGCAUCUUCCCCAAAGCAAACUUCCUUCAGUCCCGGGAAACCAUUUUUUACUCCUUCCGAACCAGCCUCUCGCGGCUUCGUUCAACGGUCUCAUUCUCAUCCCGGUGGUGGUCGUAAUCGUAUCAUGCUAAAACCCACCCUGGCUUGCCUGAGAGCACAUGCUAGCGUUUAUUGUAAUCCAAAACGCCAUUCUAGCAUUGCGGAUGCAGAGGAAGACGUAUCAGACGUUCCACUGCUCGAAGUUGAGGUUCAAGAGUUGCUGGAAGAGAUGACUAGAGAGGAGAAAGAGAAACGGAAGGCUUCCCUUGGGAUGAUGAAAAACAAAAACAUUAUGGAAAACGGGAUCAGUCCCGGAAAAUAUCUCAGGCUCAGGAGACGACAGGUGAAGAUAGAGACAGAAGCUUGGGAACUUGCAGUGAACGAGUACAGAGAACUUCUCAUGGACAUGUGCAAGCAAAAGUUGGCACCGAAUCUUCCAUACAUGAAAUCACUGUUUCUUGGCUGGUUCGAGCCUCUGCGAGAUAAAAUCCUAGAGGAUCAGGAAUUAUACCGUCAAGGGAAGAGCAGGGCAGCAUAUGGCCCCUAUUUCGAUCAGUUACCUACUGAUAUGCUCGCUGUUAUCACAAUGCAUAAGCUGAUGGCCUUAUUGAUGACAGGGGAGCAUGGGCACACCAAGGUGGUGCACGCCGCUUGCAACAUUGGAGAUGCCAUUGAACAAGAGGCUAAAAUACAGAAAUUUCUGAAAAAAACAAAGAAGAAAGGAGUAAGCAAAAACAAAGAUACUCAAAUAGAAGAAGUUGGAUCUGAUAUAAUGGAUCAAGAUGUUAGAAGACUGCGGAAAAAGGUUACUAACUUGAUCAAACAACAAAAGCUGCAUACAGUCCGGCAGAUAGUGAACAAAAAGGAUGAAUCCAGACCCUGGGGUCAAGUUGUCAAAGCAAAGGUAGGGAGUCGUCUAAUUGAAUUGCUUUUGCAAACUGCCUACAUACAAUCACCAAUUGAUCAGUCUGCAGACUAUCCACCUGAGAUCCGGCCUGCAUUCAUCCACACAUUCAUAACAGUUGUGAAAGAAACAAACAAUGACAGGAAGGUUGGUAGAAGGUAUGGUGCUAUUCAGUGCGACGCACUUGUGCUUAAGGGUUUGGAGAGAUCAGCUAGGCACGUGGUCAUCCCUUAUAUGCCAAUGUUGAUUCCUCCAGUGAAGUGGACGGGUUAUGACAAAGGAGCAUACUUGUUCUUACCCUCUUAUGUUAUGCGCACACAUGGAGCAAAACAGCAACGUGAAGAGGUAAAACGGGCCCAUAGAGAGCAACUAGAGCCUGUUUUCGAGGCCCUUGACACUCUUGGAAGUACCAGAUGGAGGGUAAACAAAAGGGUUCUCAGCAUUGUCGAUAGAAUAUGGUCUAUUGGAGGUUGUCUUGCAGAUGUGGUUGACCGUAAUGAUAUUCCUAUACCAGACAAACCAGAUACGGAAGAUGAAGCGCUUCUUAAGAAGUGGAAGUGGAAAGUUAGAUCUGUUGAAAAAGAAAACAGGGAGAGACAUGGUCAACGCUGUGAUUUGGAGCUUAAACUUGCAGUAGCACGUAGAAUGAGAGACGAAGAAGGGUUCUUCUACCCUCACAAUCUUGACUUUCGAGGUCGAGCAUACCCAAUGCAUCCAUACUUGAACCAUCUUGGUUCAGAUGUUUGCCGUGGUGUUCUGGAAUUUGCAGAGGGAUACCUUCUUGGGAAGUCUGGUUUGCGCUGGUUGAAGAUACACUUGGCUAAUCUUUAUGCAGGCGGUGUGGACAAAUUAUCUCAUGAGGGGAGAGUAGCAUUUACCGAAAAUCACUUUGAGGACAUAUUUGACUCUGCAGACAGGCCUCUUGAAGGCAGACGGUGGUGGCUAAAUGCGGAAGAUCCUUUUCAGUGCCUGGCUGUCUGCAUUAAUCUCACUGAAGCUCUAAGAAGCUCUUCUCCUGAGACAACAAGUUCUCAUCUUCCUGUCCACCAGGACGGUUCAUGCAAUGGUUUACAGCACUAUGCUGCCCUUGGAAGAGAUAAGUUGGGAGCGACUGCUGUCAAUUUGGUUGCUGGCGACAAGCCUGCUGAUGUGUACUCAGGAAUAGCUGCUAGAGUACUUGAUAUUAUGAGAAGAGAUGCUGAAAAAGAUCCUGCAAUAUUUCGGGAUGCAUUGAGGGCAAGGUUGUUGGUCAGUCAGGUGGAUAGGAAACUAGUGAAACAGACAGUGAUGACAUCAGUCUAUGGUGUUACUUAUAUUGGCGCUCGGGAACAGAUUAAGAAAAGGUUGAAGGAACGUAAUGCUAUUCAAGAUGAAACCGAACUCUUCAUUGCUUCCUGUUAUGCGGCAAAGAUCACUUUAACAGCUCUAGGAGAGAUGUUUGAAGCUGCUCGAAGUAUUAUGAGCUGGCUUGGUGAUUGUGCAAAGAUAAUUGCAUCUGAAAAUGAGCCUGUAAUGUGGACAACUCCUCUUGGGCUUCCAGUUGUGCAGCCUUACCGCAAUACAGGAAGACGUUUAGUGAAAACAUCUCUUCAGGUUUUGACACUACAGCAGGAAACUGAAAAGAUCAUGGUCAAGCGGCAGAGAACAGCAUUUGCACCUAAUUUUGUACAUUCUCUUGAUGGUUCACACAUGAUGAUGACUGCAGUUGCUUGCAAAAAUGCAGGCUUGAGUUUUGCAGGUGUUCAUGACUCAUACUGGACACAUGCUUGCAAUGUAGACGAAAUGAACAAGAUUCUACGAGAGAAGUUUGUGGAGCUAUAUGAAAAGCCAAUAUUGGAAAAUUUGUUGGAGAGCUUUGAGAAGUCCUUCCCCACAUUAUGUUUUCCUCCCUUGCCUGAACGAGGAGACUUUGAUCUCAGAGAAGUUCUAGAAUCAUCGUAUUUCUUCAAUUGAUCUAAACCAAGAAAUAGCUCACCUUGCUGCAAGGUUUGACUAACUCAUGAUAUAUGUUAAAAGUAGUAUCAAACACUCUCCCAACUCCUGAGAUCAUUACCAUAUUGUCUUCUGCUCACCAACUAGAUUCAUCCUUUAUUUCAAAAGAAGCUGACCAGCUAACAAAAUUGAUAACAGGUAUGAAGAUGGCACGAUUCUGUAUUUAUGUGGUUACUUAGAGAGAACAGUAGCUGUAAAUAUCUAUGGUCUUGUUUUUAUCCGCCUCUGCCAGACAGAAAUAUGGCUUCUGAUUUGUUGCAUUCGCUUCUUUGUUC